AUGUCUCACUAUACAAGCAGAUAUCUUCUGGCGGCGUUCGUCGCCAUCGCAGCGUUUGCGUACGUCACGGCGAGGCCGUCGACCUACAAGGAGUUUGUGGUGUCCGAAGUUAUCAACAAGACAAUGUGCCCCAUCACGGUGCACAUUGAUGAAGAUCCAGACAGGAUUCCGCGGCGCAUCAAGUUCCUGAAGUGCGCGGACCGGCCGAACAGCGUGUGCAACGAGCACACGUCGCACGGCUGCUGCAAGCAUCACCAUCACGGCUAUCACAGCGAGUGCGUGGAGAUCUACGACUUUGUACAAGUCACCUACAAGGAGUCGAAGGCACAGAGGGCAAUGAAAGUGCCGGUGGGCUGCAACUGCCUCAUAGAGGAAACCACUCUGGCAUCAGACGUGUCUUGA